AUGCCACGCUUACAGAAACGAAUCGCUCUUGAAGAAAUAGCGGCCAUCGAGGAGCACAAAUCGCCUCUUGACGAGGAUCUUAGAAAGGUCUCCGAGUCUGAAUCAGACGAUGAUGAUAAGGCCACGCGCAAGGAGGAGAGGCCAAGUUUGAUUAGCCGAAAAAGAAGCAGUAUUUUCCAUGAGCUCAUUCAAAUGAUCGCAGAUAGAUCUCGUGAACGAGACCGUGAUCGUCGAAGGCGCUCGAAGAGUCGUGAACGUGAUGAUAAAGAUCGCCGUGAUAAAGAUCGAGAGCGUGGACGUGAAAAGGAUCGUGGGAAAUUGGCUCAUUGGAGCGAAGUCGAUGAGGCGAACGCUCAACGCAAGCAACUCGGAUUGGCCCCUCUACAACGA